AUGGAAAUUGAUGAUCGCAUUGGUUUCGGUGAAUCUAAUACCUUGGAACAAAUACAGACAAUGAGCGUACAGUGCUCGACGGUUUUACUGAAAAAAGAUGACCGACGUUUUGAAUGCAUGGCAAAUUCAAAACUACAACGCUCGUCCAGUGAAGGAUCAAAACUAACGAUGAAGAAAGGCAACAAAGAUAGAAUCAGCGAAUUACCUGAUGCUUUAAUUCAUCACAUUCUUCUAUCUUUCCUAAACAUAGAACAUGUUGUGCAAAUGCCCAGAAGAUGGAGGUAUCUUUGGGUUUCUCUACCUACUUUAAGAAUAUCCGAUUACUAUAUGGAUUGGAAUGUGGAAGACCCCUUUGAAGCCUUGCACAGUUCAUCAGAUAUCCAGACUUUGGAACUUAGAUGGGAAAACGUUGGUAACUUCAAAAGUGAUUUGGGUUUUAAGUACGACGUUUCAAGACAUGUCGCAACAUGGAUCAUGGCUGCUGUUAAGCAGCAAGACCUAAAUCUUACUUUGUUUCUAAGAGAGAUGAUCAAAUUUCCGGACUGUUUGUUCACCUGCAAAUCACUGACAAAGUUAAGUGUUCAUGGGUUUGGCAGGGAUUUGACAUCCUUUGGUCUGCCCGAUGUUGCUGUGUAUAAUUUCCCUCGGCUAAGAUAUCUGCAGCUUAAGGGAGUCUCGCUUGUGGAUGAAAACUUAACUAUCUUUAAACACUUACAACCGGACAAUUGUGAGUCGAUUGAUGAAUAUGACAUCACUGUUAAGUUAUCUGCUCCAAAUCUCACAUCCCUUGUCUGCAAAGAUUUUAUGUCACAAGACUAUUCCCUGGAGAACCUUUCUUCUCUAGUCACAGCUGAUAUUGGAGCGACGGUUAUAGACGGGAAGAAACACCGAAAGCUAUUUCAGAGAUUGCUACAGAUGUUAAAGAGUUGUACGGUGCUCGAAUGA